AUGGCAAAAGAUAAAGACACACCUCUCUCGAAAGAAGAGCGCAAGGCGGCACGCAAAGCCGAGAAGAAGAGCACUAAGGAAAAGCUGGUCGAAGAUGCCGGUGUGAAGAAGGUCAAAUCUGAUAAAAAGGAAAAGAAAGAGAAGCGGAAGGCCCUUACCGAGAAGGUGGUUAAUGAGGUCGAGGGAAAGAAGGACAAGAAGCAGAAAAAGGAAGAGAGUGAAGACGAGGACGAUGAGGCGGCGUCGGAUGUUGAUGUCAAGGAUAUAGACUCAAAAGAGGCAGAGACGGCGACCCUGAGCAGACCUAUCGGCGCGUUGGUUCCUUUUGCCAACCCGCUUGCUGACGAGAAGGUCUCAAAGAAGGUGUUCAAGAGCGUCAAGAAAGCCGCUGCUAAACGAACGCUCAAACGCGGCGUGAAAGAAGUGGUCAAAGCCCUUCGCAAGUCUCCCACCGGCAGCUCGUCGGACCCUUCACCCAUUGGCGUGGUCAUUCUCGCAGCCGACAUCUCGCCCAUGGACGUGAUCAGCCACAUUCCUGUCCUGGCUGAAGAUCAUUCAAUCCCUUACAUCUACGUGACCUCACGGGCCGAGCUUGGCAUGGCCGGCCAAACGAAGCGGCCCACUUCCGUGGUCAUGGUGAGUCGGGACCUGGGAAAGAAGAAGGGCGACGCUACAGAGAAAGACGAUGGAGAGAGUUGGGACGAGACCUAUAAGAGUCUUGUCAAGGUCAUCCAGAGGGAAGGCAGCCGUGUGAAGAUCUAG